AAGAGUCGUUCAUAAAGGAGUCGAUUCGCCCGCGAAUCGCUCAUCACUGCUUAGGAAGCUUUCCGGUAAUUACAGCGAAACCAGUCAUCUGCUUGAGCCAUGCAACAGCCAGAGCUCGACUGCGCUUAAACUUGCACUUAGGAUUUCGCCGGAGGAAGCAGAGGGAUGUCCACCCCAGACCCUCCGUUAGGCCCUUCCCCUGGUCCUGGGCCUUCUCCAGGGCCAAUGAUGGGGCCUGGACCCUCACCUGGAUCUAGCCAUGGCAUGAUGGGUCCAAGCCCAGGACCCUCCACUACAUCUGGUCACUCUGUCCCUCAGCAAGGAGCAGCUGGAUACACACAGCAGGACAGUAUGCACCCCAUGCACAAAUCUCUGGAGGGUCUGCACGAGAAGAACGUAGGAGAGGAAUCUCGCUUUGGUCAGAUGAAAAGUGUGACCAUGAGAGCAGGUGGACAUGCUGGCAUGGGGCCUCCACCAAGUCCUAUGGACCAACAUUCCCAAGGCUACCCGUCUCCGUUGGGCUCCUCGGAUCACGUCUCCAGCCCCCUUCCAGCCGGUGCCCCUCCUACCUCUGGUCCUCUCCUUUCUUCUUCCUGCACCUCCUCCAGUCCACUUGAGGGCGCUGACUCCCAGUCGAACCGCUCUGGUGCUCAGAGCAACACACCCGGAUCCUCAACCAACCCUACACCUUUUAACCAAAACCAGCUGCACCAGCUUAGGGCACAAAUCAUGGCCUAUAAGAUGCUGGCACGUGGACAGCCUCUGCCCGACCACCUACAGAUGGCAGUACAGGGCAAGAGGCCCAUGCCAGGGAUGCAGCAAGGCCAGGCCAUGCCAACUCUGCCCCCUGGUGGAGGAGGAGGCCCAGGUACAGGUCCAGGACCUCUGGGACCCAACUAUAAUCGAGGGCAUGUGUUGAGUGGACCAAGUGUGCCCCCGUCUGGCCCAAAUGCUGUACCCCCUGCCAACGGACCACCAAAAACCUGGCCAGAGGGUCCCAUGGUGAACGCAGCCACGCCCUCUAAUGCCCCUCAGAAGCUGAUUCCGCCACAACCCACUGGCCGCCCGUCUCCAGUGCCCCCCUCCGUGCCCCCUGCUGCCUCCCCGGUCAUGCCCCCUCAGACUCAGUCUCCUGGACACCCGGGGCACUCUGCCCAGCCGGCGCCCACCAUCCCGCUGCAUCAGAAACACAACCGCAUCACCCCCAUGCAGAAACCCUGUGGCCUGGACCCUGUGGAAAUCCUGCAGGAGAGAGAGUACAGGCUUGAAGCACGUAUAACGCACCGUAUCCAGGAGCUGGAGAAUCUUCCUGGCUCGCUAGCUGGAGACCUGCGUACGAAGGCCACUAUCGAGCUCAAAGCUUUGAGACUGCUCAACUUUCAGAGACAGCUGCGUCAAGAGGUGGUGGUGUGUAUGAGGCGUGAUGCGGCUCUUGAGACGGCUCUGGACGCGAAGGCUUAUAAGCGCAGUAAAAGACAAUCCUUGCGAGAGGCACGAAUCACAGAGAAACUGGAGAAGCAGCAAAAGAUCGAACAGGAACGCAAACGACGGCAGAAACAUCAGGAAUAUCUGAACAGUAUCCUCCAGCAUGCCAAAGACUUUAAAGAGUACCAUCGCUCCAUCACUGGUAAGAUCCAGAAGCUGACCAAAGCUGUGGGCACCUACCAUGCCAACACGGAGCGAGAGCAGAAGAAAGAGAAUGAACGUAUCGAGAAGGAGAGGAUGAGGAGACUGAUGGCAGAAGAUGAGGAGGGUUACAGGAAGCUGAUCGAUCAGAAGAAGGAUAAGCGGCUGGCCUACCUGCUGCAGCAGACUGAUGAGUACGUGGCCAACUUGACCGAGCUGGUACGGGCUCACAAGGCAGCCCAGGCUCUUAAGGAGAAGAAGAAGAAAAAGAAGAAGAAGAAGAAGCUGGAGAACGCAGAGGGGCAGCCACUUGCUUUAGGACCAGAUGGAGAGCCGCUGGAUGAGACGAGUCAGAUGAGCGACCUGCCUGUGAAGGUGAUCCACGUAGACAGCGGGAAGAUCCUGAGUGGAGUGGACGCUCCCAAAGCGGGACAGCUGGAUACCUGGCUGGAGAUGAACCCUGGAUAUGAGGUAGCGCCGAGAUCAGACAGCGAGGACACGGGUUCAGAGGAGGACGAGGAGGAAGAGGAAGAGCAGCCCCAGCCAUCACAGGCUCCUGUGGAAGAGAAAAAGAAGAUUCCAGAUCCAGACAGCGAGGAUGUUUCAGAAGUGGACGCUCGUCACAUCAUUGAGCAUGCUAAACAGGAUGUAGAUGAUGAAUACGGUGGUGCUGCGUUCACAUGCGGCCUGCAGUCGUACUACUCAGUCGCUCAUGCAGUCACGGAAAAGGUGGACAGACAGUCGUCUUUGUUGAUCAAUGGGCAGCUCAAACAGUAUCAGAUUAAAGGUUUGGAGUGGCUGGUGUCCCUGUAUAAUAAUAAUCUGAAUGGAAUCCUAGCUGAUGAGAUGGGUUUAGGAAAAACCAUCCAGACCAUUGCACUCAUCACCUACCUCAUGGAGUACAAACGCCUCAACGGGCCCUAUCUCAUCAUCGUACCGCUCUCAACUCUUUCUAACUGGGUCUACGAGUUUGACAAAUGGGCCCCGUCUGUAGUGAAAGUCUCCUACAAGGGAUCUCCUGCAGCCAGACGGGCGUUUGUUCCUCAACUCCGCAGUGGCAAAUUCAAUGUUCUUCUCACCACCUAUGAGUACAUCAUUAAAGAUAAGCAAAUACUGGCAAAGAUCCGCUGGAAGUAUAUGAUUGUAGAUGAAGGCCACAGGAUGAAGAACCAUCACUGUAAGCUGACUCAGGUGUUGAACACACACUACUUGGCUCCGAGGCGCGUCUUGCUGACAGGGACGCCGCUGCAGAACAAGCUGCCAGAGCUGUGGGCACUGCUUAACUUCCUGCUGCCGACCAUCUUCAAGAGCUGCAGCACCUUCGAACAGUGGUUCAACGCUCCCUUCGCCAUGACCGGAGAGAAGGUGGACCUGAAUGAAGAGGAGACCAUCCUGAUUAUUCGCCGUCUCCACAAAGUGCUCCGCCCCUUCCUGUUACGUAGGCUGAAGAAAGAGGUGGAAGCUCAGCUACCUGAGAAGGUGGAAUAUGUGAUAAAGUGCGAUAUGUCAGCACUGCAGAGGGUUCUCUACAGACACAUGCAGGCCAAAGGGGUUCUGCUCACCGACGGAUCUGAAAAAGACAAGAAGGGUAAAGGCGGCACUAAAACUCUGAUGAACACUAUCAUGCAGUUGAGAAAGAUCUGUAAUCAUCCCUACAUGUUUCAGCAGAUUGAGGAGUCCUUUUCUGAGCACUUGGGUUUCUCUGGUGGUAUAGUACAAGGCCCUGACCUGUAUCGAGCUUCUGGAAAGUUUGAAGUGCUGGACCGGAUCCUUCCAAAACUCCGAGCGACCAAUCACAAAGUGCUGCUCUUCUGCCAGAUGACAUCACUGAUGACUAUCAUGGAGGACUAUUUUGCGUAUCGCAACUUUAAAUACCUCCGUCUGGACGGUACCACUAAGGCAGAGGAUCGUGGCAUGUUGCUGAAGAUGUUUAAUGAUCCCGAGUCACAGUACUUCAUCUUCCUCCUGAGCACCAGGGCGGGGGGUCUCGGCCUUAACCUGCAGAGCGCAGACACGGUGGUCAUCUUUGACAGUGACUGGAAUCCUCACCAGGACCUGCAGGCACAGGACCGAGCUCAUCGUAUCGGGCAGCAGAACGAGGUGCGAGUGUUGCGCUUGUGCACCGUGAACAGUGUAGAAGAGAAAAUCCUCGCUGCUGCUAAAUACAAGCUCAACGUGGACCAGAAGGUCAUCCAAGCAGGAAUGUUCGACCAGAAAUCAUCCAGUCACGAGCGCCGCGCGUUCCUGCAGGCCAUCCUAGAACACGAGGAACAGGAUGAGGAAGAGGAUGAAGUUCCAGACGAUGAAACUGUGAAUCAGAUGAUCGCAAGGAGUGAAGAGGAGUUCGAUCACUUUAUGCGUAUGGAUUUGGACCGGCGUCGUGAGGAGGCACGGAACCCCAAGCGCAGGCCUCGGCUCAUGGAGGAAGACGAGUUGCCCACUUGGAUCAUGAAGGACGAUGCUGAGGUCGAGCGGCUCACCUGUGAGGAGGAGGCAGAGAAGAUGUUCGGCCGCGGCUCACGUCAGAGGAAGGAAGUCGACUACAGCGACUCGCUUACUGAGAAACAGUGGCUCAAGGCUAUAGAGGAAGGCACACUGGACGAGAUUGAGGAGGAAGUGCGCCACAAGAAGACCACCCGAAAGAGGAAGCGUGAUCGGGACCUUGACGCUGGUCCAUCUACAUCAGGGACACGUGGAGCGAGAGACAAAGAUGACGACAGUAAAAGACAGAAGAAGCGUGGCCGACCUCCAGCAGAGAAGAUAACCCCAAACCCACCAAGCCUCACCAAGAAGAUGAAGAAGAUCGUCGAAGCUGUUAUUAAAUACAAAGAGAGCAGUAAUGGCCGGCAACUGAGCGAAGUCUUCAUCCAGCUUCCGUCUCGUAAAGAACUCCCCGAGUACUACGAGCUUAUCCGCAGACCUGUCGACUUCCGCAAGAUCAAGGAGCGUAUUCGCAGUCACCGCUAUCGCAGUCUGAAUGACCUGGAGAGAGACGUGAUGCUGCUGUGUCAGAAUGCUCAGACCUUUAACCUGGAGGGCUCAUUGAUUUACGAGGACUCCAUUGUGCUUCAGUCGGUGUUCACCAGCCUGCGACAAAAGAUCGAGAAAGAAGAGGAAAGCGACGGAGAGGAAAGUGAGGAAGAAGAGGAGGAACAGGAUGAAGGCUCUGAGUCUGAGUCUCGCUCAGUGAAGGUGAAGAUUAAACUGGGCCGGAAGGAGCGCGGUGCCGAGAGAGGAAAAGGCAGGAGGAGGGGAGGAAGAACCAGAGCCAAACCUGUCGUCAGUGAUGAUGACACCGAAGACGAACGAGAGGAGGAGCGCUCUAACACUGCCAGUGAUGAAGACCAGGGAUGAAGACACUAAUCACUAAUCAAUGUUUCAACUGUUAAAGCCUUAAGUGGGACAUAAAUAAGCGCAGAUUCUUCCAUAGAUAUGAUGGAAAAAUACUGUUUGUUUCAGAAUCGCUAACUAGUUUAUUUUCUCUCACAUCAAAUACUGAUCUCCUCAUCUUAUCGAAUACUGUACAUUUCAGUUUGUCCCUUCUCAUGUAUUGUAGCGACUGGAUUGAAUUCAGGCUAAUCACACACUCGUACAUAGCUAAGUAGAGUUUUUUCCCCACCUCGUUACAUGGCUAGAAGUAAUGCACAUAGACAGUUGUUGACCAUUUCAUUCGAACCUGUACUGCAUGAGCUUUGAUAUUGAUGCAGUUUGUAGCACACUGCCCCCUUUCGUGGAUCCAUUUGUUUUUACAGUGAAAUCCUGCAUUAGUUAUACUGUUAUACUGUAUACUGUGUGUAUAUUAAUGGCAGCCGUCGAUCCCGUGCGUGUGAUUUAUGUAGCGCUGUUUCUUAGCGUUUAGUAUUUCUUCCCCCUCCCCGUGUCAUACACUUGGUGCGCAAUCCUGUAACGUCCGGCUGCAUGAAAAUAGGCUUAGCAACUUAGCUGUUGUCUUUAGCUCCCUUUCCCAACUUGAGGUACUUUUAACUCAGAGUUAAGACGGCCGACAAGAUGGUGUGUAAGAACCAUCGAGCUCCAUGUACCGUAUGUCACGUCAACCCUCUUUUAAUCAUGUAUCUGACACACCACUGGUAGUCUUGACGUGUUUGUUUGCUCUGGAUGAGAGCGUAUUUCAGAUCAAAUGAAAGCUGGCGUCGGGUUUGAAUGUGGACAGCAUGCCGAAUUUACUGUACGUUUUACUUUUGUAGAAACGUGAUGUUAUGUAGAUGUUUGGGGGUUGUCUUCUCUUUCUCCCUGCUGAGAUUAAAUUUUAAGGGAUCUUAGGCCUGGACUAAAGUAAUCAUCACCUAAAAGCAACACUGCAUUUCUUCCAUUAAAUUCUUUUAACAGGUGUGUGAAUCAAGGGACAACAAUCCAACGACAACAAAUCGUAGUUUUAUGGCGUCACAUUUUACGUGCAUUGGAUCUGCUCUACAUUUAGAAAGCACAAGUUUCUGAUAAAACGCUAAUGUGUAUACCUGUUAAACGUGAGAGAUGUACGUUCCAGACUAAACAACAACAACAAAAAGAUCUUCAAGUGGUUGAUUCAGCUGGUCUCAAACUCUUCAGUGCUGCCUUCACGUGUGAUUACUUUACACUGGGAAUGAACUCGUUUCUGUAUUGUGUUAGUCAGUGGAAUCUCAGUGGACACUCAAUAACAAUAAAAUAUUGCAAUGUCACAGAAA